AGCAGUUCUUCGAAAACCGUUGGCUGGCGUGGUAGCGCGCGCGCGUGUUUCACGUUUUCACAGUGCGCGGAAAAUCGUGUGUAUGUGUGGUGGAUCCGUUUCCCCCGCCGUAAAAGGAUUAUUUUGCUCUAAAAUUGGCGGAUCUGCAGGAUAGUGGCGCGCUUUACAAAACGACGAUUCGCACGACGGAUCGUCCGGAAAACCGUGUGGAAAAUUUUAACCAGCCCUUCAAACGUUUUGUGCGGUGGAGUUUUUCCGCGAACCCUGGAAAACAGUGCGCUUGUGACUAGUAGCAGUGAACUGGUGGUGGAUUUGAGUCAGCUAUUGAAGGAAGGUGAGCGUCUCGACCGUAUCGGAAACUUGUAAAGUGCAAUUACAACCGUGUAAGCAGAACGAUUUGCAACGGAAAGCUGUGGUGGGUGAUUGAUUGAUCAGGUUUCCACGGUUAUCAAACAUCCAGCAUUGACAGUGACCCAUUCAAUUGCAAGUCAAACCCGGUGUGUAGUGACAAUGUGAUCGACCGAAAUUGUUCCAACAAGCAGCAACGCCACCUGCGCAAGUGUAUGAAUUGCAUCCCCGUUUGUUCCAAAUACUUACUAUCUAGCCUGCCUGCGUGCCAGUGGUGGAAUUAAAUAAUUAUCAACUGCGCUACGUGUGAAUUGUGGGAAUUGUUCUAGUGACAGGCGCAUCCAGCGUGCCCAUCCACAUCAUCAUCAAGACCGGAUUUGUCCAUCACCAGCGCCGUUUGUUUGUGUAUCAGUGAGCGGAGUACGACUGUAUUUGUUUCGGUAGUGCGCAAAAGGAUCCUUAGUGUGGUGUGAUAUGAUAAGCAUAAGGCAAAAAUUGUUUUAACUUGAAAGCACAACAGCAAACAACGUUAUCAAGAGUGUGUGUGUGUGUAUUCCGAAGAUUUCCUCUUUAGUGCUCGCAAUAGUUUCCCCCAAGCAAAAGAAAACAUAUUGUGAACCGUACUGUGUGUUGCUGUAUGCUGCCCAGCAAUUGUAUCAAUUGCGUCGGCUAUUCCGCAGCAGAUCGUCUCCAGCGAGUGUACGAGUGAGUGAUUUACAAGCGAGCUCCUUGCGGGACCGGGAGUUCUCACCCGGUGAGCUACAAACAAAACAAGCGAGAAACGCACAAUUUGUUUCACUGAAUGAGCAACACAGCGUUUUGUGUAUAAAUUACAACCAAAAUCAUCAGCAUCGCGGAUCCAACUCCCUUCCAAGACGCACGGAGCGAGCGAGGAAAAGCGAUCGUCGUCGAUGUGCGCGGCGCGCAAUGCUAUUCAACGUGCCGUGGUGUCGCGCCCGGAAUGACGAAUGAAGCAACAAAAGCGAGAGCAGCGUGAUAAAUAAGGUCGCCGUGAUCGUCGAUUGAUCAACGAAUCGCAUUUUUGCUGCACGUUGCGAUCCACCAUUUUGUGUCGUACGCAGUCGCCGUGUGUAUGUGGACAUGUACGCAGCGAGACGCGGCUUCGAUGCACCACGGGCGGAACUGAACCAACCGGAACGGGAUGUUGCGCGGAAGAUGUGAAAAUGUGCCGCGAAGGAAAAACUGUCUGCAAGUAAGCUUGAGCUGAAAGGAAAGAAAACGCCUCCCCCGUAAGGACCUUCUCUCACUCUCUCUCUCUCUGUGGGUGAUGUUCGGUUGAAGUGAAGUUUGAGAAUUAAAAAAAAAACAUUUUCCAAGAGUUUAAGUGAACGUGUGUGCGAGUGUAAGUGAGUGUUUGUGUGUGCUUGUGUGUGAGAGAGAGUAAAAAGAAGAAGAAGAAGAAGCGUUACAUUGUGAGUUAGGCGGAAGCGAGCGAGCAGCCAUCAUGGAUAUGACGUCGGCAGCCGAGGCACGGAGCUGGUACGACAACCAGCGGCUCGGCGGUUCACCCGGCACAUCGGCCGCCCUCGGCCACCAGACGGCCGCGGUCGAUCCGUCCGAGAUGAACCCAUUCUACCCGCUGGAAAAUGGUUCCCAUCGGCGGUACUACCCAACGAGCUACGGUCCACACGCAUCCCGCAUGACCUCGUCCCACGUAUCACCGCAAGUCUGCCGACCGCACUUUCACGGGCCACUGUCCUGGCUGAGCGAUCCACCGAAACCGAUCGCCUCGAGCAGCGCUUGGGGCAGCCCGUUCGCCUGCCCCCAGGACCCGCAGGACAAGCUGAGCCAGGUGCAGACCGGCCAGUCCGGCCAGCAUAUCUUCUCCUUCCCGCCGACCCCACCCAAGGACUCGACGCCCGACUCGGUACAGACGGCGCCGGCCGAAUAUCAGGCCACGAUCAAUGCGUUCAUGCACCAGGCCCAGGUCGGUUCGAGCAAUGCGAUCGGCGGUGGGCUGGGUGGAGGUGGAGUGAGCGGCGGUGCCACCGGCCAGACGGCGGACAGCUGCGGGCUGGACGUGAAACCUUGCCUCACCGGCGGUAAUGGAUCGAGCGGUGGUGGUGGCGGUGGUGGAGGCGGAGGCGGAAGUGGUGGCGGUGGCGGCCAGAACCAACCAAAGCAGCGCGAAGGUACGAGCGGGACGGUGGGAGCAGGUGGCAAUGGGACCGGUGGCCACACGAACGGUGGCGGCCAACCGACCGGAAGUGGGCUCGGCGGCGGUGUGCACGGUGGCCAAAGCAAUGCGGGCAGCGGGUCCGCGCCGCACACUUCCGGCAGCGGUGGUGGUGGUGGUGGCGGCCUGUUCGACGGGUCGGGCCAGUCGGCGUACGGGGGGUACGAUACGAGCGGGUACGGCUAUCACCACCAGCACGGUGGUGCCUCGUUCGGACAGUCGAAUCCGCGCCCUGCCAUGAACAGCCCACACAUGAAGCCGCAGCGGACGAAAGCGCGCACGAGUGCCGAGGGACGAGAGUGUGUCAACUGUGGUGCAACAUCGACGCCCCUGUGGCGAAGGGACGGUACCGGCCACUAUCUGUGCAAUGCCUGCGGACUCUACUACAAGAUGAACGGCCAGAAUCGUCCACUGAUCAAACCGAAACGAAGACUGGUUAGCUCGCUUCAAAGUGCCGCCCGACGUGCCGGAACAUCGUGCGCCAACUGCAAAACGACCACCACCACCCUCUGGCGAAGGAAUCAGGGUGGCGAACCAGUUUGCAACGCUUGCGGGCUCUACUACAAGCUGCACAACGUUAACCGACCAUUGACGAUGAAAAAGGAAGGCAUUCAGACGCGAAAUCGAAAGCUGUCGUCCAAAUCGAAAAAGAAGAAAGGAAUUCCGGGUUCGUGUCUUCCACUCGGCGGCCAUCUUGGAGACCUGAUGAAGCCACUGGACCAUAAACCCUCCUUCCCGGGAGGUUUCCCCGGUUCGAUGGGACAACACGGCCAUUUAUCUGGAGGACUGCAUCCAGCGCACACGCACAUGCACGGAGGCUGGUACACGACCGGUAUGGGAGCGCUCGGAACAUCCGGUGGACUGCAGAACGGCUUCGGUGGUGCGGGCUCGUUAGGUGGAGGAGUCGUCCCCCAUUCACAGUCGUACCAUCUAGGACUUAAUUCAAUGAGCUGGCGUUCGGAGUACACGUGAUGGAGCACCGGGAACUUCAAUACCAAUUUGUUUGAGUUUAGCACCUCGCCGAAACUUCAGCAGCAACACCAGCAACAACAGCACCAGACAUCCCUCCAGCACCAACAGCAGCAGCAGCAGCAGCAGCAGCAACAGCAGCAACAGCAACAACAGCAGUUACUACUGCACCAAACCCAGCAUUCCACCCAUCAGCUGCAACAGUCGCCAUCGUCCAGCUCGUCCCUGUCGUCGAUAGCGAAUGCUGCCUCCUCGCUGCUGGAACAGCACCAUCUCGGGUCGCUGCAUCAGCUGCACGACCAUCACCACGAAUCGGCAGCCAGCCAGCUGCAUCUUCAUCCACAUCAACUGCAUUUAGCGACCGCAAGUCAAGUACAAAUCUAACUUCCCCAACAACAACAACAACAACAGCAACAAAAACUCUCUUUCUCCCCAAACCAUUUCGUUCGAUGUUCCGUUAAGAAGCUGCGUCGCAGAUGCGUCUCUAGUCACACAGAAAAUUCGUACAACUUUUUUCUAUUUCUUCACAACCCACGAUUAUAUCUACUACACAUACAGAAAGAAAAAAAAAUCAGUUCAAAGAGCCCCGUUAGUGUAGCCUCCAACCAGCUCCUGGACCAAGGAGUGCGCAACAUCAUCUUCAGGAAAUGGAAUUUAUUGGAGAGAGCGCGCGAAGGGACGAUCGUUGUUUGGACGAUCCAGCACCGGUAUCAGUAUUAUAAAAUGAUUUUCAUAGAGCAAUCCAGUAGUCAGUGAAAUGCAUGGCAGGCUAAACGAAAACACACGGCGUGCAAAAGGUAAGUCGAGAAGUCGGCCAAGUCGAGAUACGAGAAGCGGCAAGGGUAUCCAAGCGUAUGAUGAGCGCAAGUUUAAAACGAAUUUAAUUCAACCCGCCUCGUCCGGCGCUGGAACACGCUGGUGAGAAGCAAAUGCAGUGCUGCAGUUGACUUGGGGGGGCUUUGUGGUAGUUCAUGUUGUUUUGUUUUUGUAAAUAAGAUUGAAAAUCUGAUAAAUUACCAAUGUUCAUCACCGGGGUGCAACACCACAUAACGCAACACCACACUCUUGUGGUGGAGUUUUGUACAACAACACAGCCUGGGGGUGAAAACGUACCGCGCCGAUAGAAACUAGAAACUUGCGCCCCCAAACGGACAGGCGUGACGGAAGAAAUUUAUCUUGAAGGCACAGGAAACAACAACACAGGUGAUGUACGUUACAAUUGAUUAGCGGUAAGCAAAAUAGUGAAUUCCAAAACUGUUAGAAAGCCAAGCGAAUCUUAGCGCAGAGGACGCUGAGUAUGACGCUGCGGGAUACGAUCGUCAGGUGGCUAAAACUCGGCUUAAGAGUUCGUAAAAUUGGUUUCGAUUUGGACAGACAAAUGCCCACCAUAAGGACAAGCGAAGGCGGGAGUGUGCUGGUGGAGAAAAGUGCAAUUUUCUUAGUUUGAAUUAUCGUGGAAGCAAUCAGCCAGGACGAGUUUGAAUCCGUUUCUUUUUACUGGAUGAUUAUUUUUUUAAAAGCCAGCGUCGAAAAGCUGGCCAUUGACCACGGAAAACAGUUUGUUUCCUUUUCAGUUGCUGACCUCGUUUAAGGAGUAGUGUAAUUUAUUUAUCUAACCCCCCCUGAACCUUAUUUAGUAAUACACUUGUUUCAGCAAUGUGAGGUAUUGCACAAAACUGCAAUCACAAAUUUUGCUCCCACUUUUAUUAGGGAACGGUUUUGCCCCGCGCAAGCAAGCCCGUUAGCAUCUCGUUGAUUGUGGAUGGAAAAACCAAAUUUUCAUACAAUUAGCACAAAGAAAAUUGUGGGGAGGGGCGUCGAUUGUGAGUGGGGGACGAAAAAACAUAUAAAACAGCAGCAAAAAAACAGAACGAACUUUACGGAAGCAGAUGCCAUAUAAAUAAGUAGACUGUAAAAUAGUUCAGCAAAAGGCAAAAAAAAAACAUAAGCAAAACUUUGCGUAAGCGUGUAGGCGUCUUGAUGUUGUGAAGCGAAAAGGGGGUGAAAACAUUGAAGCAAUGCUGUUGUACAGACACCUUAUUACAAUAUGAAUUCGAUGUAGAGCAAGAAGCAAACAAAAAGAAGCGAAACGCAUCUUCAGUAAAAAGGAAGAGAAAAUGAUGUGUUUGUUACACAUAUGCAAAUGCAGGUGAAAAAUGGGGAAAACAAACAAGCAAAAACAUAAAAAGAAAUCAGUCAAGGCGAGAAAGUGAUCGCAAAAGUCACAAAAAAAAAGGGAAGAACUAAAAUCACACAAAGAGAAAGGCGUUUGCAUGUAAAGCAAGCUUGUCACGGCAAAAAACAGCUGACAAGCUAGCAAACAAACAAACAAACAACAACAAAAAAACAUUUUUAGCGCAAAUUAUUGUACAUAGUAAAAGAAGAUAAGGUAAGCGAUACGCGUGGAAAACAGCGGGCGACAGGAGCGAUUGUAAUGAGCACACACAAUACAAAACCAACAAAACAACAGGAAUUAGCGCACCGUAACACACGUGAGAAGUUAACGUGUGUGUGUGUGUGUGAGUGUGUGGCAAAACAGAAAACACUCAGAUGCUCAACAUUAGCAGUCCAGACGGGUUAAAAAAAAAACAAACGUUGGUUGAUAAACGCACAUAGGUAACGUUCAUUACACGAUUCGUCUCUUUUUUGUGGAUGUGUUGACUUAUACUAUACAAUAGUAUUACUGUGUACUUUCUUUGUGGUAAGCAGGCAGGAGCACCGAUGGCGAAGAAAAGAAAGAAGAAGAAAUCAUUUUCCUAUCCAUCCACCCCCCCAACAUUUUCCCAACCCCCCGUUCCCGAUCACGUCCUGUAAGCUCUUCGACCUCGUACAAGCAAGCAAAAAACACACGGUCUCUAUAAAUAUGCAUAUAGGCGUAUAUACAUAAUACAUACAUAUAAAUAUAAAUGUGUAAAUUAUAUAGAAUGUGAAUGUGUGCGAGUGCGUAAAACAAAACAAAACAGAACAAAAGAGAAGCUGGCACCGAACACUAUAGCUCUAAGAUCGAUCGACCGAACCGCAGUAGAGUGCGUGUGCGUGUGUGCCGAAAACAGUAGAUAAAGAUGGCCGUUUGUUGGCUGGUAAAACGCGCCCGCACACACACACACAGAACAAAGUAUUGUAAUUAAUAUCAACUGUGGAUGGAAGAAUGUAAAAUCACGGAAAACAAAAUAUUAAUAAAAAAAAAUACAAAUGUACAAAAAAUAUUAAAC